UCUCUCCUCACUCCACAAUACCCACUGAAAGCUUCGAACUUCGAAGCCAUGAUAGCCUCUUCCCUCCUCCUAUCUCCACCACUACUCCUCCCUCCAAAGCUCUCCACACUCACCGCAACACCGUCACCACAUCUGAUUCCCACCCUCACCUUCCCCUCCCUUAGGCCCAAACCCAAGCCCAGCCCAUUCUCCGCCCCCAGGCCCGACUUCAGGGUCUGGGCCGACGAUGGGGACGCCGACGGCGGAGGCCCGGACGACUAUGACAUGGACGAAGAGGAAGCCGAGGAGGUUGACAACAAGAAGGACUAUGACGUUGAGUAUGACCCACUCGCUGCAGCCGCAGCCGCCGUUGGCGGCGGUGACGAAGACAUCGAGAUGGUCCACAGCAAGAGCUUCGUGUUGACUCAGGGUUGGGAAUCGGAGACGAUCGUGGAUUAUCGAAUAAACGAGGACGAGUUUCACAAGAUUAGCUUGCUCGAUUGCGAUUUCUUUAUCAGGAAGCCCCCUGAUCCUGAUAACGAUGUUUACGAUUUCAGGGAAAUGUAUGUUACUCCUCCAGAUACGGAUAUUUACGCCAUUCCUAGGGUUCUCGCACCGAUGCCUCAGAAGUACAUCCGAUGUGCAAUGAGUGAUUAUGGAUGCUACAAUGUUACGGAACCACCUAUUGAUGCUCCUAGAGAUCCUUUAUAUAAAUCUGAGAGGGAGAUCUCAAAGGUUUUCUUGACAAAGCACUACAGGAACCGGAGAUUGGGAGAUCCAGAGUUCGCGCUAGAUUUCGAGGAGAUUUAUGUUAUUGAUUCAAGAACGAAGUCAAUUACCAGAGCAAAAGUUUUGGUCACAGUUCCAGGAGGAAGAAACAGAGAUAGAAAGGACGAGUUGCUUGUUAUACGCGAUAAUGGGAACUCCUUCAAGAUAAUUAAUUCGAGUGAAAGAGAAGAUCCAACCACCGUCAUUGAGAGGGAAGAGUGGAAUAAAACUAGAGAAGAUAUGGAGAAACAUCUGAGAAAGCUACGGGACUUCAGCGUUUCAAAUUGGUUCUAGUCAACUGAUACUUUGGUUUGGAAUCUCAGAUCCUGCUGUGUGAAGAACCAAGUGCUUGAAGAUUAAGAUUUUUCGGCACAUGGGCAAAAUCUAUGAGCUUUUUGGUUGCCAAUGAUGAGCGCAUAUUAUCCUUUGAAAGGAAAGGAUUUUCUGCUGAUGCUGAAUGCUGCACGAAACAUUUUGGUUUCGUCAACUUCUGGGCAUUUUCCCCCCUGCUCCUAUUUUGCAAGUAUGUGAAAGUCAAUACCUUGACCAUGAAUUGUAAAACAAAGCAGCAUAAAACUUCAGAUCCUUCAAGAGCAGUAAGUGCCACUGUUUAUUUUCAGAGUCUAGGUUGUAUCUAUUUUAAUUUGUUGGCAAAGGCAUCGACUUAAAUGAACUGUGCAACAUUUGGAAUAUUUGUGAAGGCAAUUAGUUCAUUCUGAAUUCUGAUGUAGUGGGUAACCAUGCUUGAUAAUAUGCUUUGCCAGAUUAUUGAUUUUGUUUAGAUAGUCUUUAUAUAUUAAGCCUAAAUCCUUCUCCUUUUGCAUUC